CACUGGAAACCACGAUCCAAAACUGGUUCGUCGGGUUCCGUCUUCCACCAAGCAAAAAGCGAAAGGAUUAAAGUUGGGCUUAUCUUUACACUGCAGCAGUGUCCGUUCCAACUCUAAUGUCAACUGGAGAGAGCGACCGACACCUCGAGAUUUCUACAAAUCGCCUCGACUCUGCUGAAAAUAACUCGUCAAUGCAUGAUUGAUUCGUAGCCAUCGGCAUCCUGCACAAACGUGAGAAACCGAGAGCAAAGAAAAGUCGCAUGCAAGACGACCAUGGGAUGUCUGACGAGGAGGCGUCACACGCUGGUGCUGCUGCUGGUCCUGAUUUUUGUGCCCUUCUGUGCAUUCAUAAUAUUUGCCGAGCCAGAUUUGAGUUUGGAGCAAGAAUUGACCUCGAAGAUGGCAGAAUUGCAAAUGCGGAUCCAACAUCUGGAUUCGCUGCACCAAGAAAGGUUACAAGAAGUCAGGAUCUUAUCUCAUUACCUUAGCAACAUAGUCUCUACCUCAAAAUCAGAAAAUUUAUCAGUUGGCGCAAUGGGAGUCGACUCGGAAGCUCAAAAACUCCUGCACAACUUGACCACCUUUGACUUUGGUUCCAAUGCACUGCACAUGCCGUCGGUCUUCCACUUUUUGCCUCAUUUGCUUCACAACCCAGCAAGCCUCAAGCCUGCCUACAGACUUUCCAAAGGCAGAAGUGGAGCGUCAAUGGUUCUUGGAGUUCCUACUGUCAAAAGGGAGGUGCAGAGUUAUUUGCUCACAACUUUGCACAACCUGGUGCAGAACCUCAAUCCGGAGGAGCAGUCAAAGACCUUAAUAAUCGUCUUUGUUGCUGAGACAGACCUCGAGUAUGUCGAGUCGGUGGCCAGGGAAAUUGAAAUGCAGUUUUCUCCCCACGUCGAGGCCGGUUUGAUCGAGGUGAUUUCACCUCCGGCCUCUUACUACCCUGAUUUGUCCAACCUGACACCUUCGUUGGGAGACUCGCCUGAAAGGUUCAAGUGGCGGACAAAGCAGAACCUGGAUUUUGCUUUCCUCAUGAUGUACGCCCAGCCUCGAGGAAUUUUCUACACCCAGUUGGAGGAUGACAUUUUGGCCAAACCAGGUUUUCUCACCACAAUGCUCAACUUUGCAUACCAGAAAAUCGCCAAAAACGAGUCCUGGUUCGUCAUCGAAUUCUGCCAGCUUGGGUUUAUUGGGAAAAUGUUCAAGUGCGUUGAACUGCCCUGGCUGGUGGAAUUUUUCAUCAUGUUCUACACUGACAAGCCUGUGGACUGGCUCCUUGAUCACGUCAUCACCACAAAAAUUUGCAGUCUCGACAAGGACCAGAAAAUGUGCAAAAAGGCCAAAAACCAACUUUGGUUGCAUUUCAAACCAUCGUUAUUCCAGCACAUUGGCACUCAUUCCUCCCUGAAAGGCAAAGUCCAGAAACUGAAGGACAAGCAUUUUGGCAAACUGAUGCUCUUCUACCCGCACACAAACAAUCCGAAAACUUCGAACAUCAAGGGCGGGGUCACGUCGUACAAGCAACACACUCUAGUCAGAGCGUAUGCCGGGGAAGACUACUUCUGGGGACUUUCUCCUCAGGCCGGAGACAGCAUCGUAUUCAGUUACGAUCCACCAAUCAAUCUUUCGAGAUAUUUGUUCCGAAGUGGCAACGCAGAGCAUCCAUCAGACAAAUUUUACAACACAACAAUUGAAAUACUUCCACUGAAAACACCAAGCUCUGAUCUAAAUGUCACCCCAGAUGGAUACGUCAUAGUCGGAAAAUUUGAUACGGUUGGAAUUGCUGAGGGAUUCGUCAAUCCAAAACUUUUCCCCAUCAAAGAGCUCAAGAUCAGCAUUCACAGUGAGAGUGACAACUGGGUUAUUUUAAAUGAGAUUCUGAUCGAAAUUGAGCAAAAAUCCGAGAGUUGACCGAAUGUAAAGCGUAGAAUCGAUUCUUCCGCAAACUGACUGACGCUGGUGUCAGUCAAAUAUUGAACAUCUUCACCACUGUGCAUUUCCCUUCAUUAAAUGAGUCUGUGAUACUAUGAAACUAUAAUCAAUAUUUGAAAAGCGCAGUUGAACUGCAGCACACAUUAAUGCUUUUGUAUCAAGAAGUGCCAACCUUUUCCUUUCCCAAACUUCUCAAGGCUUAGUAUUUAAAAUAGUUUGCCACUCUUUCAAAGAAAUAAAUAUGUAUGAUCCCAUUAAUUUGUUUGACAGAGUAAUAUAAGAAAGUACACUUCAUCAUUUCUUUUGUUAAUUGAUUGUGCCAUUGUUCACAAUAAGUACAUAUUUUUCCUCUUCAUACAUUUAAGCUAUUGUGAUUUCAACUUUCCUAAUACCUUUGUAAAUCAGCUUUUGUAAAAUAUAGUGCUGUACAAUAAUGAGAUUUUACCAAGUCUUCUUGAUAGGAAUUUCCCUCCCAAAAUGCAUCUAAUUGAUAAAAAAAAAUGUGCUAUAUCCUUACUCCGGCUAUUUUUGUACCGUUGAUUCUGCUG